AUGGACGAUUCUAUUGACAGUGUUGAAAACGAUGAUGAAGGAGUGGAGCUGUACCGUCAAUUGAAAGCACUAUGGGGAAUUGCCGGCAUACAAGCCAGGAAGUGGAUCUCUAAUUCACCGAAAGUUAUUGAAGCGAUUACGACAGAAGAGCGCGCCACAGAGAUCGUUAUUAACAGCGGUCAAGAUCCGAUAACGAAGACACUUGGAAUUUCGUGGAACAGUACUGAAGAUGUGUUUACCGUCACCGCUUCUGCAGUUUUCCCGGGAUUUCAGACAACAAAGCGAAACGUCCUGCGUAAAGUAGCAACGAUUUUUGAACCACUGGGAUUUGCAUGCUCAUACGUUAUUAUGGCCAAGAUCCUACUCCACGAGCUGUGGAUGCGAGGCUACGACUGGAACGACGAAGUUCGAGAUGAAAUAGCAGACAAAAUCGGGGAUUGGUUGGAGCAAUUGAAAAGUCUGCAAGAGGUGAAGAUUCCCCGGUGUCUACGACGUCCAGACCCUGUCAAGCGCAUUGUGACAUUUGCUGAUGCCUCUCAGCAAGCUUAUGGUCCAGCUGUCUGUAUGCGCUUCGAAUACGAUAACGAUACCGUAACCGGUCGCCUGAUUGUAGCUAAGGGUAAAGUGGCGUCGUUCGACCCAAUGACAGUACCCAGACUGGAACCCAUGGGUGUUAUUCUAGGCCUACGUUCAACACAGUCCUUCCUGACGGUCUUAGGAUCACCAAUGCAAAGCAUGACGUUCUUCUCUGACAGUACAGAUGUCCUAUGGCGGAUUCGAGGGCGCGGAAAAGACUUCCGACCGUUCGUAGCCAACCGAAUCGGUGAAAUACAGAUGUUCACUGAACCGUCACAGUGGCAGCACGUCUCUACCGUAGAGAAUCCAGCCGAUUUAUGCACAAGAAGGGCCUCGUCUUCAGAGUUAGCCGAAUGUCCCUUGUGGUGUGAAGGCCCUAAUUGGCUUACAAAUGAUUUCAGUGAGUGGUCAAAGAUGAAGGUCCCGGAUAGACCUAGUAAAAUGCCAGAGAUAAGAACCUCGAAGAGGAAAGAGGAGACGAAUGCUUGUGCAACCCUUAUGACGAUACUAGAUUUCCAAUUAUUCUGCCUCGUGGACACUGGGUGA